UAGACUGCAUUUCUGCCUCUCCAAUUCAUGCUAUUUGGGUAUGUCGAUUGAUAGCAUAUACAUCGUCGGCACCAUCGCGUUUACCUUCUGGUUCCGGAAAGUCCAAGAGCGGGCUGACGCGAUGUAGCAAGUUGUGGUCUCAACAAUCGGAGAGUAUGAGGAGUGUCUCCGGCACUUGCCUUACUAGCUAAGAUAUGGCUCUCGGCUCUCCAGGGAAUGGUAGUCUAGCUAGAUGCUAGGACAGUUGAGCCGAUAGAUAUAAAGCUCUGGUGCAGGCAUCGAAUCUUGUCUUCAACAGUCUGGUAGUGCUUUCUACACCGUCAACAAGAUGAGACUUGAGAGCUUCACGGCAGUACUCCCCCUUUGCUUUCUUCUGGUGGGUUUGAUAGGGAAUGCUUUAGCCCUUCCAAAGCCUGAUCCCAAGACGGCAUGGGUCCGUCAAGGUCGUGGUAGGAAAAGCUCGCCGCGAAACCUGCAAGCUCGCUCCUCUGUAUCCUCGUCGUCGUGCACUGAUCACAAUGCCACUGUGAUCAAAGCACCCAAGCAGAAUGUUUGGGACGGGUUGACGGGCGAUGAGACAGCGUCCGUGGUCAAGUGGCUUUUCCAGCAACCAGCAUUGAACUUAACUGUCACUGAGGACGCCGGAGAGUGGGACAAUACGAUUGCCCUCGUGGAAUUGAUGCGGCCAAAUAAGACAGAUGUCUUGAACUAUCUCGAUCAGCAAGACCCGGCCCCUAGCCGUUAUGCACAUGUUGUCCUUGACAAUCGCGCCACUAGUGAUCCUCAUUAUGCUGACAUUUUGGUCGGACCCUUGCCCAUUACAAAUGACUCUACCUCUACGUGGACUCCACUAGAAUACCCUUACACGCGCAAGACGCAAGGCCGUGUGCGCAAUCUUGACGCUGACUACAGCACCAUCUACUCGGAGUGGCUGUAUAAGAUUAGUGCCGCCGUGGCAGACAUAACUCUAGAUUUGUUUAAUGGAACUGCACUCGGGUUGGACAACGAUACCAUUGACAUCUGGGGCAUCGAUCCCUUAUGGCAGGAUGAUGGUCGAAUUGUCCGAUGGGACACAUUCUGGAACAUGCCCACAGAUGAAUUUGACACCGGCAGCAUUCUACCACUGGGUCUUUUUUUCAAGUCCGAUGUGACUGGACGUGAUCCUUCUCAGUGGAAGCUUGAAGGCUGGCUGUAUAAUGAUAUUUUCUAUGAAACGACGGAAGCUUUCCGCAAUGCAUUCUUCUCGCCCGAGUUUGUCAAACUCAAACCUAACAUCGAAGGAGCCUGGGCACAGACGGACCAGCGGGGCCCUAUACUUCCGCAGGACAAGCAGCAACCUCCUCUCAUGGUUGCGCCUGCAGGAGCACGAUACUCUGUUGACUUUGAUCACAUAUAUGUGACAUGGAUGGACUUUUCGUUCUAUAUCAGCUUCUCCCGUGACACAGGCGUGUCGGUUUUCGAUAUACGCUACAAGGGCCAGCGGGUGUUGUACGAGUUGGGCCUGCAAGAAGCGCUCGCCCACUACGCCGGCAAUGAUCCGAUCCAGUCCAGUGUAGCCUAUCUGGACUCCUACUACGGGUUUGGACCAUACGCCUUUGAGUUGAUCAAGGGAUACGACUGCCCGGUACAUGCGACCUACCUCAACAGCUCCUUUUAUGUUUCCGAGACUACCCACACUCAUAUUGACAGUCUCUGCGUGUUUGAAUAUGAUGCGGACUUCCCAAUCCAACGUCACAGCACCUCCGACUACGUGAGUAGUACAAAGAACGUAUAUUUCACGCUUCGAUCCGUGUCCACGAUUGGAAAUUACGACUACAUGACCAGCUACACCUUUCACAUGGAUGGCACUAUUGGCGUCGAAGUGCGCGCAUCUGGCUACAUCCAAGCAGCCUACUACGCGCAUAACGAGGAGUAUGGAUACCGCAUCCACGAUGCAUUGUCCGGCAGCAUGCACGAUCAUGUACUUAACUUCAAGGCCGACUUUGACAUCUUAGGCAUCGACAACAGCAUCGAGCUCACCACGGUCGCCCCGGUGAUCCGCAACUUCACCUGGUCCAACGGGCGUUCUCGCAACACCAUGGCGCUGCAACGGUCGAUUCUGUCCUCCGAAGACGAAGGCCGCUUUAAUUGGGGCGCCAACGGCGCGACCAUGAUUCAUGUUAUCAACCAGGAGGCUCUCAACAAAUACGGCGAGUACCGGGGCUACCGUAUCCAGCCGGCCUCGGGGACGGCGCAUCUGACCGUCCAGGACUCUAGCAACCUGGUGCACGCCGCGCACUGGGCCGAACACGACGUCCAGGUCACCCAGCGACAUGAUCACGAGCCGCGCGCUGCCCACCCUUACAACAGCCAGGACAUCCAUAACCCACCUGUCAAUUUCGCCGACUUCUUCAACGGCGAGUCGCUGAAUCAGACCGACCUGGUGGUGUGGCUAAACCUCGGAAUGCAUCAUGUCCCUCACACGGGCGACCUACCGAACACGGUGUUCACAACCGCGCAUUCGGGCGUCCAGUUCAUACCGUUGAAUUACUUGCUGGGUGGUCCGAGUCGACAGACGGUGAACAUGGUGCGCGUCAACUAUGCGAACGGUUCGGCAACGGCGGUCAAGACGUUCGGGCAGGCGGAAGAUGUCUGUGCGGUGCAAAUUGCCGGGAUCGAGGCGGAUCUGUGGGGGUAUCAGGGGGAUGUGGUGGUGCGGAAAUUCCCGUAUGACCCGAAUAAUCCAUACUAUGAGAUGGAGGGUGAUGCGUAGGUGGUUUUUUUGGAAGGC